AUGAAUGAGCAAACUCAUGAUAAGAUUAUGAACAAAUUCAAGAAAAUAAGUAACUUAAUAAUCCUUUAAAUACUAAAUUUACAGAUCUAACUCGAUUAAAAUCAAUUUGAAGAUUUGUUCAACAAUAUCCAAGCGUAGCAAUUGUAGUAAUCAUUUGAUUCAGAAAAAAAAUCUACUACUUAAAAUAACUCAUUGAUAAAAGUAUCGGCUAAAAAGGACAGCAAUAACGAUCUUCUUAAUAUAAACUCAGCUAGGACCCACAAAGUAAAAAAGCAAUCAAACUAGUUUUUAAGUGCAUAAAGCUCAAUUAAAAGCUAGAAACCACAAAAAAGUAAUCAAAUCGGAGAAUUCGCUCCUUUAGACUAUGGAGAGCUUUCAGAUUAUGAUUUUGAUUCUGAUGAUAAUAGCAAAAGGAAAUCAAAAUUAUUGCCUCCUGCUCCAAUCAAUCUAAACUAACUCUAUCUUGAUGGCUCAUAGCAUCAUAGAAAGCAUGAACAGAGAAGAAGAUCAAGGAAAAGUUCUAUGAAUCUUUAAAAUCUUGAUUAAAGUCAAUCUAGGCUUAGCAUAAGAUUAGAAAAUGAUACUAAGAGAUAGAGUUCACUUCAGUUAGCUAAUGAAUUUGAGCAUAAAGGAAGUUUGAAAAGUUCUUAGAAUGCUUCCUUAUCAAUGGCUGCAUCUAAAUUAGAACAGCACAGAAGUCCAAUCGCUAAGAUAAAUAUUGACUACCUUGAUACUCAUCUGACUAUUAAGAAUGGAUUAACACCAAUUGAGGAGAAGUAAUCUCCAACAAUUGAAAAUUAAAACCCCGAUGAGGAUCAUUCUAAUCCUACAACUACAAGAUAAUUUCUUGGAGUUACGGAAGAGUAUCCAAUUUUGCAGGACAAGAAUGAUCAAUAAAGGAAUGAGUAGAUUUUGGAAUAAGAGUUGCAAAAAGAACCAGAGGUUGAUUUUGAUAAAGAAAGUGAGAGAAAUAAUAGCCGUCUAAGCUAGAGACAUGAAGAAUCAAAGAUCGAUAUAAACACUAUUAAUCAUCAUUAAGAACAUUAAGUGAGAGCAGAGUCGUAGCCAACUACUGGAACGGAGAGAAGUACAGAUAACAACAAAACUAUGAAGAAAAAUGAUAGAUUCUUGGAUGACAUUUGUGUAGAUGAUGCUGAGAGACUUAGAAAUCUAAAAUAGUACGACUAUUUCAUCAUUUUACCUGAUGAUAUUUUCAAGUAGAGAUGGGAUCUAAUUAUAACUAUAUGCCUCUUAUUCACUGCUGUAAUGACACCAUAUAGAAUUGCUUUUUAUGAUUUAGACGACACACUAUGGAUAGUUAUAGACUCGCUUGUUGAUGGAUUAUUUGGAUUAGUCAGGCUUAUGAAAGUAGUUAAAGAAAGAAAUACUUUGAUCAAACAAGUAAAUGACAUCUUUAGAAUCAGUGCAGGGUUUGAACGCUUGAUAUUCUUUAUUAUCAUGUCAAUAGUUAUUUGUCAUAUUUGCGGUUGUUUCUGGAAUGGAUAUCAAGACUCAUCCAAUUUCGAAGUUUACAUAGCUUCUAUGUAUUUCACUCUAACUACAAUAACAACAGUUGGUUUCGGAGAUAUAACAGGAUAUACAAUUCCUGAAAGAAUCAUGUGCAUUAUAUUGAUGAUCAUAGGUGUCUUUUCGUUCUCAUUCUCUAUUUCCUCAUUAUCCUCAAUGCUUUCCUCAAUUGAUACUAGGAAUGCCAACCUUAAUGAAAAACUUUAGACUCUUAACAAAAUCUAAAGAUAAUACAAAAUAGGAUUUGAAUUUUAUAGGCGUUUAAAAAUGGCUCUAAAAUAUGAUUAUUAAAGAAACGCAGCUGUUCAAUUCAGUUUUCUUAAUGAGCUUCCUUAGAAUCUAAAGAUUGAACUUUCCUUAAUUAUGCAUAGAGAAAUCGUUAAGAAAAUUUACUUCUUUUAAAAUAAACCUCCACAUUUCAUUGCAUUUAUUGGGCCAAUACUCAAGCCUCUUCAUAUUGAGGAGGGUAACUAUAUAUACAAGGAAAAUGAUCCUAUUGAAGAAAUAUUCUUUUUAAUCAAGGGUAAAGCUGCAUUAGUACAUAAAGAUCUGAAGGACAGCGCCUAUUUAAUCAUAGACUAGGGGUAUUACUUUGGAGAAAUAGAUUUUGUCUUCUAAAAUGUUGAUGGUAAGAGAAAAUUCACUGUAAAAGCUUUGGAAAAUUGUCACUUACUAACCAUAAGUAAACCUGAUCUAGCUAAAAUGGACAUUGAGUACGAGGAAAUACUUUAGGAUUUGUUUCAUAAUUCCUCAAAAAGAUUGAAGAAAACUUUGAAAAUAAAGGAUGAGAGUGAAAGCUAUUUCUUGAAAAAGCAGAUAUAGAAUUAAAGGCUAAGUGUGAAUAGUAUAGAUGAUAAGGUCGUUCGCAGAAUGAGUACAGCUCUAGAUGUCAAAGUUAGAAAUAAAAAAUAAGAGUUAGAAUAGAAUGGAAAUAAAGGAGAUGGAUUAUAAAAUGAUGAGACUGCACAUGGAUUAUAUGGAGAUGGAAUAUCAGUUAAUAAAGAAAUUAAGGAGUUAAAUUAAAUAGAUGAGGAAGACGAUGAAGAGGACGAUGAAGAAGGAGAUGAAGAAGAAGAUCUUAUCAAAACAGACUCAACUUUUCUGGAAUAGGAAAAAGAGUUGAAGCAGCAUGAAAUAGAGGAAGAAGAAAAAGAACAAGAAAUUUUUAAUUAUCAUAGAUAUCACAACGACUAAAGGAUUGAGGAUGAAAAUGAGCAAAUUGAUAAUUUUGAUGAUGUUGAUCAUGAUGAUGAAAAUUAGGAUACAAUAGAAUCAUUAGAUCAUUCUAAUAGAAUAAAUCACAAUAAAUUUGGAGAUCGUACUGGCAGUAACUAAACGAAAUCUUAAUAAAGAAAUAAUCUAGAUCCACAAGAUAUUGAUGGAAAUAAAAAUUAGCCUAAUAUAUCAACUGAUAGUCCUUUCCCUCAAGGAUCAAUAGAUUAACUCUCCUAUUCAUCAUUUGAAGACUAAAAGGGCGAUGACUAUUCAAAUUUUAUUUCAAAUCAGCCUCUAAAUAAGAAUAAUGAGGUCCAAAAUAUUAAAAAUCUAUUAAACAAGAAAAAGAUCUCUGAACCUAUUACCCAAAAUGGUAAAUUUUCGAUAUAAAGUUUACUUACUAUGCAAAAUCUUGAACUGAUCAAAGGCCUUUAAGAGGAUAGGGAGAGAGUCCCAACUCGCAAUUUGACUAGUAUAGACUUAACUAAGUUGAAAAGGGAAAGUGUGUCAGAGGAAAAGAUAACCUAAAAGAUGAUAGAAUUAGAGUAAUUGUAAAAAGAAAAUUUGCUAGAAAUAAAGAAGAAAAAAUUGAAGGACAAAAGAAAAAAGAUGAUAAUUAUGAGAUCAAGGACGAAUUUCAAUGAUGAAAAUGCAGUUCAUCAUAAGAAAAAAUAAAAGACUAAAAACAAAGACACUGAUAAAAGUUUGCAAACUCCCUAAAUCAAGGUUGAAUCGUCCGAUUUAAUGGGAGAAUCGCAGGUAUAAUCUCAUGAGAAGGAUGACAAAAUAUAUAAGAGUGAUUAGCCAAUUUAAGAAAAUAUUGAGGAGGAUAAAGUAAGUGUAGAGAAGGAAAUUCCUUAAUUUGAAUAAGAUGAGGAUAUCUCCUCACCGGUAAAGGAGUAGACUUUGAUUACAGAAAGUUAAAAUACAAAUUUAAUGAGCUAGAAGGUAUUUCCUGAGAUACCUCAAUUAAAUUUAUAUCAAAAUAUUUAGAGCAUCUAAGUUGAAGCUCCUACUAACAGUCAUGUAAAUUAAAGACCUAGUUUAUUACUUUCCAAGAAUACCUCUACUGACAAUAUGUAGAGAUAGCAAUUAGUUCCGCCUAAUUUUAAUGCUAGGCAUAGGAAAAGUGUAAUGAUCAAUCCUGGUUAAGGAGGAACUUUGCUUGAGAAAAUGAGAUAAAAUUCCCAAAGAAAUAUUUUCAAGAAAAAUGUCAAUAAUAUAAUCAUUGAAAAUCAAUUCAAAAAGAUUCUAGGCGAUAGAAGCCCAAGUCCUUAACUAAGCUAGAAACACCCUCUAGGUGGCUCAGACGCUUUAUCUGAGGCUCAAUAAUAGAGCCAGUAAAACUUGAUUUCUUAAAUAGAAAAAGAUUCAAAGGAAAUGUUUGAAAGUAUGAACCAGAGAAUUAAUAAGAUAGAAGAAGCCGUUUCUGGAAUAGAAAAAUCUCUACAAGUUCUGAUUUAAAUUCAAGCAAGCUAAGCUCAAAAUCAGCAAUAGUAAUAACUAGUAAGUUUCAUAAUGGGAGCAAUAAAUGAAAUACACCAGGAGAAUGAAAACAGCAGUAAUUAGUAUACAAGUAGUAGCUAGUAGUAGCAACAUCAGUAAUGA